GCGAGGGGCGGAGCUAGGUAUUGUUGUUAUAAUGUAUUGAGUAGAACAGCUCAGGGGCCACAUCACUUGGGCGAGAGGAGCUGGGGGACCGAGGGCUGUUACCAUGGUGAUCCAGGGAUGCAGGAGGUUGCUGGGGCCUUUCCUGGCUUCUAAGAGGGCUGUCAGAGGGGCCCCCAGGCUCAGCCCGUCACACUGGGUGCCCUCCAGGCACUGCAACAUUACUGCCUGCUCCUACAAGCUGAGGAACGUGGACUUGCAUCCUCUAUGGAAAGGCCAACUAGAUAUCCCUGGUGGUACCCGGCAGUCUCCAAUUGACAUCCGUGUUCGGGAUAGCAUUUUUCAUCCUGACCUGGCGCCUGUGAAAACUCACUACGACCCAAAUACAUGUCUUCACAUCUGGAAUAACGGAUACGCCUUCCUUGUGGAAUUUGAUGAUUGUACUGAUAAAUCAGUGGUAAGUGGGGGACCACUGGAAAACCCCUACAGGCUAAAGCAAUUCCAUUUCCACUGGGGAGUGAACAAUGAUUGGGGCUCCGAGCAUACCGUGGACAGCAAAGUGUUUCCCGCAGAGCUCCAUCUUGUGCAUUGGAACUGCACAAAAUAUCGAACCUUCGAAGAAGCGAUCAUGGAAGAAAACGGCUUGGCAGUCAUAGGAAUUUUCUUAAAGGUCGGAAGACACCAUGAGAAGCUACAGAAGCUGGUGGACAUAUUGCCUUCCGUCAGGUAUAAGGAUUCACUUACAGAAUUUAAUUACUUUGAUCCAUCCUGCCUCCUGCCAUCAUGCAAUGAUUACUGGACCUACGCUGGGUCCCUAACCACUCCACCCCUGACGGAGUCUGUCAGCUGGAUAAUCAUGAAAAAGCCAAUCGAAGUUGACCACAGUCAGUUGGCAGUCUUCCGCAGUCUCCUCUACAGUGCGGUAGGAGAAGAUGAGCAGUACAUGGUGGACAAUUUCCGUCCCCUGCAGCCGCUGAUGAACCGCACCGUCCAUUCCUCUUUCCAACCAUCGCUACUACUGUCUGAUGCCAAGAAGAAAUCGGAGAAGCACACCCACCGGCAGCAGUCUGGCUAACAUGAAAACAACGGAGAACGUUUAUGUAGAAUCAUAGAUUACUGAUAAUUCCAUCACCUUAUUCGGAGGUGACAUACUGAAGAUACUGCCCUUUUUCUGCAUUUUACAGAUAUUCUUGUGUUAUCGACACUUGGCAUGAGCAAACCGGUUUGCUGCCAUUUAAAAUUCGUGGUCCAUGGCAUCGAUAAGUACUGUGUGCUGGGUUUAUGCUCCAGACCUCCACAAGCACAAAUGGUAAAAUGGUAUAGCUGCCCUUGUACACCACGUGUGCUGAACAUUGCAUAAACAUGCAUUUCUUUAAAUGCCUAUGGCUGCUCAUAGCUUGGCAUUUUUAUUAAUGCUUUGUUUUCUUAAAAUGGGUGCUUUUUAAAAGAGUUUGUUUACUUAAAACUCAACGGUUAAAGUGCCCUUAACUAAUGAUUUCAGUUUUGGAUUGUUGUCAGUACCCUAGGGCUGUCGUGGCUCACUUAGUACAUGAAGUCCUUCUUCCAGGUCCGACUGCCAGAUCUGCAGGAUGUAAGCCUAUAGCAAGCUGUUGGGACCACGCACUUACACCUGUGUUCUGUAGUUAUGGCAUAGACCUUAGAUGGUUUGUAUUUUAAUUAAGUGUAUCUUUUGCUGUUUUUGAUAGAUUCUGACUGUUCCAUUCUGCUCAUAACUCACACCAUGUUUGCCAUCAAAAUGUAAGACUUUGUUAAAUCAUUGUAGUAGCUAUGUCUUGGAUUUAUAGUAACGGUGUUUUACUAAAUAGUUUGAAAAUUUUUUUUUUAUUUUUUGGCCACCAUGUAAGCAAUUCAACACUAUGAACCGUUUAGUGAAAAUCCCCUUAAAGGCCGCUGCAUCAGCUAGAUUGCAGAUAGGCAAAAAAUAAUAUUUUAUUUUUAAAAUGACUUCUUUAAAUAUCCUAUAAUGUAAAAUGAUUGCCUAUGUAAAAAUGAGAAAUAAUGUUUUUAAUACACUGAAUCAAGUGAUGCUCUUAACACGUGUCCUACAAUAACUAGCUAGUGCUGUUUUUUGUUUUGUUUUUUUGUAGUUUGUGUUCUAAGAUGUAUUGUUGAAUAUGUAUGUUAUGUCAUUGUCUAAUUUUGAUAGUGUUUACUGUCGGAACAUAAACAAUGGUCUGUGUUUAGCAAUUUUACACAAUUGCUUGGAUAGAGCACAUGUUAAAUGUUCUACUUGUGUGAACCUUCAAUUUCUAAAUUCAUAAACUGUUUAUAAAAUAUAA